AUGGAAGGAAGAGGUGGAUCUAGAGGUGGAGGCCGUGGAGGUUUCGGUGGUGGUCGUGGUGGUUUCGGUGGUGGCCGUGGUGGUGGUAGCGACCGUGGUGGCCGUGGUGGUUUCGGUGGAGGUCGUGGCGGUGGUGGAGACCGUGGUGGACGUGGAGGUCGUGGAGGUUUCGGUGGAGACCGUGGUGGACGUGGAGGUCGUGGUGGUUUCGGUGGAGACCGUGGUCGUGGUGGUGCCGGUGGUCGUGGUGGUCGUGGAGGUCCAGGUCUCGGUGCCCGUGGUGGUCGUGGAGGAGCCGCCGGUGGUCGUGGAGGAGCCAAGGUCGUCGUCGAGAAGCAUCCAAGAUACGAAGGUGUCUUCUUGGUUCAAGGAAAGGAAGAAUCAUUCGCCACUCUCAACUCAACCAUUGGAGAGUCUGUCUACGGUGAGAAGCGUGUCUCUGUCGAAGUCGGAACUGAAAAGAAGGAAUACAGAAUCUGGAAUCCAUUCCGUUCCAAGAUUGCCGCCGCUUUGCAUCGUGGUAUCGAGAAUAUUUACAUUCGUCCAGGUUGCAAGGUAUUAUAUUUGGGUGCUGCUUCAGGUACCACUGUUUCUCACGUCUCUGACGUCGUCGGACCAGAGGGUGUUGUAUAUGGAGUUGAAUUGUCUGCCCGUUCCGGUCGUGACUUAAUCGGUAUGGCCAAGAAGCGUACAAACGUCAUCCCAAUCAUUGAAGACGCUCGUCACCCACAUAAAUAUAGAAUGUUGAUCGGUAUGGUCGAUGUAUUGUUUGCCGAUGUUGCCCAACCAAAUCAAGCCCAAAUUGUAUCACAAAACGCUGCAUAUUUCCUCAAGAACGAUGGUCACUUUAUCAUUUCAAUUAAAGCCAACUGUAUUGAUUCCACUGCACCAACCGAUGUUGUAGUAGCCAAAGAAGUCGAAAAAUUAAAAGCCGAAAAACUCAAACCACAACAACUCUUGAAAAAUCUCGAUCCAUAUGAACGUCAUCACGCACUUGUAGUUGGAGUUUACAGACAAGCACCAAAAGACUCAAAGUAA